AUGUCACCAGCCAAGAAGAAUAUUGAUCGAGACGUGAAGUUAAUCAACGUGUCCUCACGUCGGAUGAUGUUGGAACGUGAGCGCGCGGUAGAUGGCGCUCGAAAUCCUGCCUUCAGUAAGCUCGGUUCUACCCUCCUCGAUAACUACACCAAGCCAGAUCAGAACUUGACGAAACAAUAUCGUCAUAUCAAUUCUCAGAUUCGCCGGAUGGAGGCAACGAUGAGACUGAAGAAGAAACAGUUUGUGCAGACGUCUCAACUUUUGAACUAUGAUCCAAUAAUUCUAGUUGAGCGUCCGCCGUCUCCUGAGAAUGUAAAAAUGGCUCAGGCAAAAAAGAUGGCGGAAGCAAUGAAUGAGGACUUCAUUGCGGAUGAAUACAAGCCACAUUAUAUGAGAGAAUUGCGAACAAAAGCCAAAACGCCAUCAACUUUAAUGACUAUCGAUGCCUUUACUGUCAAAUCGAGAAAGAAACGAAACAUUUGGAAUAAAACUAUGGAUGAGAAGGACCCGCCGGAAUUCCAAAGCACUGUGAGACCAUAUUCUAAAUUGACCGAGAAGGAAAAGACAGACUUACAAAUUGGUUGGUCUUACCACAAGCCUCGAUUAGAAGCUGAGGAAGACCAGGAACAAAAGAGAGAGAAGACUAUGACACCUAAAUCCAAGAAGACUCACGAGAGUGAGGGAGAGACGGACGAUGAUGAAGAAUUCUUCACCCCGUUUAUUACCCAGAUGGCAACUGUAAGACGUCACAGCGCUUCCGUAGCUACAAACAACCAGAAGGAUUUAGACAUGCCACGCUCGGCUGUGGAGAAAACCGGCAACAAAAACGUCAGGUUCGUUAGUUCGAAACCUAACAGUGCCAAAGUCGCAAAAUCUGGAACUGGACCUGUGAGAAAGCCAAAGAUAAAGGAAACUAAAAUAGGAGGAUAUUAG